UGGAGGGAGCCGCCUGUUGGUGCUGUUCUGGGGCAUGUGGCUCAGAGGAAUGGGGCCGUCUUCCUCCCUGACCCUGGCCAGUCGAUGAAAAAACCGACCGAGCGGUAAAAGGGUUGGGGAUGCACAACGGGACAGAAGAGACGCAGCUUUACAGGCAAAAAAUCAGGAAUGCUGAAGCGGCUGAACAUGGAGUGUGGCCUCCUUUGCGGAAUAAACCUUUUGUACGCUGAUGUGUCCGGCCAGUGAGUUAGUAAAAGCAAAAGAUUUGGUUUCUACUUUGUGUUUUUUAACCGUUUGCGUUGACACACACAUCUGCAAUGAUGCGGGCUGUGGACUGGAGCAGGACCGCUGCGAUUGUACUCUGCCUUUUGGGAUAUCUUGUUUCCAAAGCUGUCACCAAGACAUUUCCGGAGGACACAGCCACAGAAGAGGUGACUCUGAAGGUCCACCUGAGCGAUGCCAGCACUCACCAGCCCCUGGGAGGAGCCACCAUACAGCUCUUCACCAACCACACUUCGGUAACCACGGAAACCUCAUCAGCUGAUGGCAACACUUACCUGCGCUUCCCCUAUCGCCUUGGGAUACCACUGGUCGUCACCGCAACCAAACAGGGAUAUGUGCCAAACUCUGUGCCCUGGUCUCCCUCCAGAUUACCUGUAUUUUCUUCCAUCAGCCUGGACCUGCUACCAGAAAGAGCUGCUACUCUGAUGGUGUAUGAAGAUGUUGUGGAGAUUGUUUCAGGCUUGCAAGGUUUCAGAUGUCAGCCCAGUGUUCAUUUCCAGCGGAGAGCUCUGAAUCUUCCCCCCAACACUUCCUAUGCCAACCUGACUGCUCUGCUCACCGUGGCCAGCUCCCCCUCACACAUCCAGCACUUUCCCCACCUGCAGGUCCUCGGUGGCAACGGCACAGGCACUGAGAAGAAGUUUGAGUUGACUCCUGUAGCAGCCAUCUCUGUUCAUCUAUUGGCCAGCGACGGUGUGGAGCUGCAGGUGAAUGAGCCAAUAACGGUGUCCGUCCCCCUGCCGGCUGACAGUGGCCUGAAGGAAAAUGAUCAUAUCCCUGCUUGGAGAUUUGACCCACGCUUGGGUGCCUGGAUAAAGAGUAGUUGGGGUCAUGUGCAGAGGGACGGCCACCAGCUCAGCCUGACCUACAUUGCCCCUCAACUGGGAUAUUGGGUGGCCGCCAUGUCCCCACUACACUCAGGUCCAGUGGUUGCGAAGGAUAUCAGCACAUACCACACUGUGUUUCUGUUGGCCAUACUGGGAGGUAUGGCUCUCAUCCUGCUCUGCCUGCUCUGCCUCCUGUUGUACUAUUGCAGGCGUCGUUGUUUGAAGCCUCGAGGGUCUCGUCGCAAGCUCACACUGUCCUCCGGUCUGGACAGCAGUAAGAGGGACCAAGCCACCUCCAUGUCCCACCUGAACCUCAUCAGCAACGAGGUGCAGCUGGAACUUGUUUCCACAGCAACUGAGCCUGACAUGACCACACCGAUGCUGAAGCCUUCCUCAUUUGAGCGCCAAGACAAUCAGCGUCAACAUAGCCUUAUCCAUCACAGCAAACACAGCCGCUCCUCUCUCGGCAACAACAGCCACCAUGGCUCAUCUCUUGGCAACCUGACGCCUCGCAGCAGAGAAUACACCCGGCAGUCUGUGGAGACGUUCCAGUUAAAGGCUGCCCUUUCAUCUGGAACAGACCGGGGCUACCGUCAAUCAUACACCUCUGUCUGCUCGUCCAGCAACCAGAUUUCAGAGGCACUGUCAUCAGCCAAUCACGGUCAGGCGUCAGCUAACCAGUUGAGCAGUGUUGGGAUCGUUGAUUGCAUCUCCCCGUCCUCUCCUCCUCACUCCCCCAGUAGAGGGGAUGGAGCUGAGUGCAGGGCUCCUGACUACCUUCUAUCAAGAUCUGUGGACCACCUGGAGCGCCCUAGUCCCCCAUCACUCUCCCGGCCAGGCAAACUCCUUUGCUGUGGAUCUGUGGACCUGCUGAGUGGGGGAGAAGGCUACCCGAGGGUGCGCCCCACACUGGUGAUCCCAGCGCAUUAUAUGCGCCUACCUGGAGAGCACCCUCUGUCUGGUCAGGCCCUCCUGCUGCAGACUGACCAGCAGAGUGACCUGGAGACCAUUCAGGCUGAGCUCAAUGCCUCACAUUCCCAGCAACCCCUGGGGCAAACCCCUACAGACUGCUCCCCAGGACCCACCAAGCAGGGCGACGGAGCAGGGCUCGGCCUGCCAGAGUCUCUGUCUAUUCCAGCAGCUCUUGGGGAAACCGCUCUAGUGGAAAUAAACAGUGAGGACACCUUGUUGGCUGAAAAGACUUUAAUGGAGCUCAGAGGAGGAAAGCCUCUCCCUCACCCACGAGCCUGGUUUGUCUCACUGGAUGGGCGCUCGAACGCUCACAUUCGCCACUCCUACAUCGACCUCCAGCGGGCGGGGUGCCAAAGCAACACGCCAGGUGCAGGAGGUCAGCAGGGUAAUGGCAGCAGCAGGAGGCAUGGCAAUGGCAACGAUGCCAGUCUAGACUCUGGUGUGGACCUGAACGAGCCGAGAGUGGGGCGCAGGGGGAGAGACGCAGAGCGGGAGGAAAGAGAGAUUGAGAAGGACAGGUCGAAAGGCACAACGCCAGCCGUGGCCUACACUCAGCUGGUGUAUGUGGAUGAUCUGGAUCGGGGAGGCCGCGAGGUGGAGACAGCCAAGUGCAGCCCUCAGGACAGCAAAACAGGACCCAUCCUGCCAGACAAAGCAGGGGGUCAAAGAGGGGAUAUGGGGCAAGGGGAUGUGGAGGGGAAAAGAGUAGAGGGGGUAAGAAUACAAGAAGAACCCCCCUCACUUUCCUCUUCAUCCCCUGCUUCUCCUCCUCCCCUGCCGACACCAGAGGGAGUGACUUUCAGGACUGAUCGUGCGCUGCUCUCAGUCUCUCCAGACGAUGAUGCAGCACACGAGGAUGGAGAGGAGGAGAAGAAGAGUCCCUGGCAGAGGAGAGAAGAGCGACCCCUGCUGGCCUUCAACUUGAAAUGAUCCACAGAUGGCCCCUUAAAGGAUAGGUUCACAUUUUUGAAGUUCUAAAUAGAAUACCCAUGUGCCCAUAUGUACAUUGAAAGCAUUUUUGGUUGCUGUAAUUGUCCCUCCUGUCCAUACUGACCGUGAAGAAAUCCCCUCUCAAAGCAUUUUGAAUGUAAGGGAUGGGGGACAAACCGCAGUCCUCAUUCUGUGCAAAAAUUGAUUCUGAAUUUCAGUUCUUUAUUAUUCCCAAAAAGAAAUUGCUUUGUUUAAAGUGACACGUGAAUCAAAAGCAAAAAUGACAUAAGACGCAAAAGUAGAGUAAUGAAAACAAAUAAGUAAAUUCUUAGCUACAAACUAAAACAUAGGACCAUACUCUAAAUAUAUACAAUUUCAAACUGUGAGGAAGCCGUCGGACAGUCGAAGGGGAGGCGCGGAGGGAGAGACAUGAGAAAAAGAUGCUGCAUUAGACAAAAUAGGUUAAAAAAAAGUGUACUCCUAACAAACAUGAUACACAUAUUUUUAGAUUCAGUGUGACCUACACUUUUCGAUAUCAUUAUCUCCGCUAUCCAUCAAAAGUGGAAAAAAGAUGCUUCUUGUAAGUCCAGAACUUGCCUGAGAAUCAUCAUGUUUUUAAGUUUUCUUCAACAUCAAAGUAAUCCAGUGAUAAUUGUCUGUAAAUCCAGGGGUACAUGCCAAAAAAGGAACAGCCAAUAGCUAAUGUGGCAAAGUUUAAUGGCCCCAAUUUGACUCACUUGGUUUUGUCUAACUCGAGACAGCUGAAAACUCAUAUUAGCUUCAGCUGGACUUUAGAGUAAAGUUUUGCUACAGAACAAGGACUUUGGAUUUUGUCCCCUAUCUCUUCCACUGAAAUCACCUUAGAAAGGGAUCUCUGUGUGGCCAGUAUGGACAGGAGAAACUGCUUAAUUGUACAUAUGGGCAUGUCAAUUUUGUUUUGAGAUAGACUUUUAAAAAAAGGAAAAAAAAGAAAAAAAAAGUGAAACUAUCCUUGAACCACAACUCCCCCUCUGCCCAGACCAUAACGUGAAGGAUAUGACCAUUUAAAUUGAAGCCCUUUGUUCUUAAUAUAGCACUGAGAAAAUAUUUCAGCACUGGGAUCCCUUGUAGUCCUGAACGUGAGGGGACGACUCAAUUCCUUCAUGAACUUCUAGCUCCAAUUCAUGAAAUUACCACUGUCCACUUUGUCAUCCUCACGACACACUACGUAAACAGACCACUCAUCAGGCAUGAUGUACACAUCACCUGAGGGAGACAAAUAGACUUUGGUGGCAAGAAAUGAGAAUAUUUUAUGCACAACAAAUAUAUGCCUUUUUUUUUAUAGAUAGCCUUGUAAGUGUAAAUGAACUGUAGUAGAAACAGGUGAUGGGUGGUUCUCACAAAUGAAAGACUGCAGGACCUUUUUUCUUGAGCCAUAUUGGCCUCGGUCCCCUGGCAAAAGCCAGGAACACAGGAACACACAUUGAAAGCAAGAUUAUUACCCCAAUUUAGCCAUUCUGACUGAUUUUUAAGAUUGUGGGGCAGUUUUUCACAGUUGGUUUGGAAAUUAAAAGUCUUUUGAUGUGUUCCUGGAUUUAGUGAGAGCAGUACGGCAGGUGCUGUGUAAUGCACCUGCACAAUAAUCCCCCCUGAUUCGAACACACAAAUCCUGUACUUUGAAUGGUUUUGAGUAUGUUGCUAGAAUUGAAUCUAGUUGAUCAGAAAGCUGUAUGGGUGUUUACAUGAACUCCACAGGGGAGGACGUUUUUGGACUGACGAAAUGAAACCACUAUCCGCUCUACAGCGUAAUCAGAUAAUGUGACACACCACUGUGCUGGUGGGUAAGGAUAUAAUACCACUACGAACCUGUGGGUCUACCCAAAAUAAUUGUGAGGUGUAAUAAUAUGAAGGGUUUUGUAAUUAUUGAACCACUGACUGGCAUAUUUUUGCUCUGAAGGCUAUGCAUCACUUUUAUACGUCUGCUUGAGAUGCCUUUUUUUUUUUUUUUUGUAAUUUUAAUCACUAUGAUUUUAAUUGCCAACAUGAAGUAUUUUAUCCAAAAAUAGGCUAUUUUUUAUUUUAUCUUCAAAUAUGUUAAGGGCUUUUCUUCUUCACCCGCCUUAUUGUUAGAACUACAGAAACAACACGUUUACUAGUACAUACCUUUUAUCUGAAACCAAACUGUUUUUGCUUGCUAUUUCACCUUAGUCUUUGCCAUUUCCCAAUGUUCCAAGUGCCUUUGAAUAACCUGACUCUACAACAAAUUUGUGGAACAGAUUACCGUAUUUAUUUCUCACCUUCUUUUGCCUUCGGCUUUCCUCCUCUACCUCAGCCCUCCCUUUCUCUCCCACUUGUGAAAGAAAGCAUGCAGUAAACUUUCCUCAGCACUACAAGCUACACUGCAGACGUCUCAGAAAAUGUCUACCAGCUGCUGCAAUUGUAAAAUCCUCUACAGCAAUCAACAAGGCACUAAUCUCUUAGAGUAAGCAGUUAAGAUUUUGCAGAAGUUUUCAGUGUAGCACAGGACACAUAAAGCUAAGUGCGAUUCUAUGUGAAGCUAAACUGCAGGUCCUUUCAGUGCAUUUUUUUUUUUUUUUUAAUUUUUGUGUUUUCGGAGGGUGAAAGUCUCUCUCAAAUGGUUUAUAUGCACCUGGGUGGUGGUAGUGUCCGUCUGCAAUGCUGCUGGCUGUGAGUUUGUGUUGUCAGACUGUGAGCCCACGUGAGAGUGCUGAGAAAUAAUCAACAUACAUCCACUCAAGGAUCAUAUAGUCAUAGCAAUCAUAUUACAGAGUGUGUAUAGUUAUUUCCUUUCCUCUACCUGGUCAAAAUGUUGUGUGAGUUGGUGAUGUGAAUGGCCUCUUCUCUCUUAGUAUCCCACAGCAACCUCCAUUUCAAGGGUGGGGUUGCAGUACAGCAUCCUGAGUGUGUAAAUUGGUUGCUUGCAUUAUAUUUGACCCCUAUUAUUCUGAAUAAACAGCCAAACUGGACAGAUUUGUGUGCGUGUGUCCGUGUUUGUAUACUUCGGCAAAUAUGUAAGAAUUAAUUUGAAGCCUGGGAGUGUUCCCUUCCCCAAAUUUUUCAAGUCAGGUCAUUGAUAAGUUCACACUCAAAAACAAACCCCUUUAUGUUAUGUUUGUGUCUUCUUUAGGAACCCCUCCUGGGAGAUGAUUGUCAGGACUGAAUGCUGGCACUAUCUAACAUCUCAAUAUUUGUAACCAAAUUUAUUAACGUAAUGACAGUGCUUUUAAAGCAGAUUAUAAAUAUGGUAAAGUGUUAUUAACAGGAUUAGAACUUGCCAAAGUUCUAUUUAAACUGCCCAUCCUUGCUUAAAGCCAGAAGCUAAAAGUUAAAUGUAAAUUAGAUGCCCUCUUGAAGUAGUUUAUACCUCUGUUUAAGUCAAUUACAUUGCACUUUAUUACUGCCGGGUUCCAUUGUCUUGUAGUUAUUGUCGGGUGUAUGUUCUUUUUCUUCAUACCAUGGAAGCAUGGUGAUCAUAUGAGCAUUUGAUUCGUUGUUAUUUUCACUUUAUUAUUAUUAUUAA